CCCCCCCGCAUGUCUCACUCCCAGUCACCGCCUUUCCAUCCGCGCGCGCCCUCCCCCCCCUCUCCCCUCCAUCCUCCCGCUUCCAUCGCCAAUGAACGGCCUACGCGGCACCCUCAACCGGCGACAGGGCGCCACCGUCAAAACCGCCAAUCCGCUGGAUCUUCUGGACGAGGACAAUGACGAUCUUGUCCUGACCGAGGACCUGCAGGAGCGCAUCAUCGAUUCCUUGAAGAAGGCUCAUGCGACCAAUGUUCUGUACUUUUCGCGCGCGAUUGUGGCCCUGUCGCUGGUCCUGACCGUCGUCUAUGUGGCCCUCGGCAUGAUGGACCUGUCCUAUGGGGCGGACUUGUCGGUGAUCGCAGUCAACCUCGGGGAGAAAGACCCCGUCCCCCCGGGGUAUGUCCAGGCCUUGUGCUUCCUCGGGGCAUUGGCCUUUCUGGCCCUGGCCCUGGUCUUCGUGCCGCAGGCCCGGCUCCGGCGUCUCGGCCGGCCGGGCACCACCCCGAGUGCCGAGGAUGAGGCCAUUUUCACCGGAUUCUUCGCCCAAGCUGGCGCUGACGGCCGGACCGCCAGCAAGCUUGCGCGACUCCUCCCGAUCACCCCCUUCCUGUUGGCCUUGCCGAACUUGCUCCUUGUGCUGCUGAGUUUGGCCCGACUGGCUCCGCGGUUGCCGGUCACCGUCCUAGCUGUUGGGGGCAUUCCCUCCUUUGUAACCGGGCUGGUUUGCUGGAUGCGAGUCGACCUACAGAGUGGCCUCGGCGCCGUGGCCGAGCUCGAGCAGACCGCCUCCAAACUCAAGGCCGUCUGAGGGAGAGAAGGGCUCACUGCCGAUUGGAAUGGGCGGAUUUGGCCACAUUGCGAUGUCCGCGGCUCGCAUGUGUGCGUGGGCGCAUGUUGCUUUUGUGCCUUGCCUUCGCAUGUGCCCUCGCUGUCCAGCGCGCGCACGCGCCCCCCCCCCC